UCUAAAAGUCGAGGAAUAAGAAUCGUUUCAUUUACGCGCGAGAGAGGAGACACAGCACACAGAAUUUGGGCAGGGCCCCAGCAGACGCUCUGUCCAAUCUGGCAUUUCUGCCGCCGGCGCUCCUCUGUUUCAAUCCUUCCUUCUUUACACUUCAUCUUCUCACAAUUCUUUGAAUUCCAUCCCCUUUUCACAUUGAAUAUGGCCGAAUCCAAAUCUGACCGAUCGCCACUUCUUUCUCCCGAAAUGUUCCAGAUUGAUAGAUCGCCUCGUCAUAUCAAGGAGACUCAUGGAAAGCGUAAUGACAUUGACGAGACCACCCCGUUGGAUGAAGUCAGGGCGCCAAACGUGUUUGAGAGGGUAAAAGAGGAGAUUGAGGCGCUUGUUCAAACGAUCCACCCAAAGGAUGAAACUGCUGCAGCAGAGUCCAAAGAAGAGAAAACAAAGUCUCAAUCAGAUAGUACAGUCAUAGCAGCAAAAGUGUUGGGAAGAGCAAAGGAUGAGAUUGAGAAGAUCUUGCACAUUAAUAAAACAAAGGAAACUCAUGGCCAGCGUGAUGACAUAGGAGAGGAUACCCCAUUAAAUGAAGUCAAAGCUCCAAAUUUAUUAGAGCGCGCAGUGGAAGAAUAUGAGGCUUUUAUGCAGACCAUUCAUUCUAAGAAAGAAUCUCAGACAUUCGAUAAAAGGGAUGAAAAUGCUGCAUCAGUGCAGACAGAAGCAAUGCCUAUCUCAGAAAUUAGUUCAAAUGAGAAAAUGCCAAUCAAUGAAGUGAAAGGGCCAAAUAUUUUUGAGAGAGCAAAAGAUGAAAUGGAGGCACUUGUUCAUACCAUCCGUCCUCAGGAGGAAACUGAUUCACAAGCCAGAGAAGGAUUUCUUUCAAAACUCGGAAAAUGUUUGGAAAUAAUAUGCUCUCCAUCGAAAAAGAAGGAUGAUUAAAGCCAAAGUUUGCACAAGUUGGUAUAUUGCCUCAUCACCACAAGAAGAAUUUGACAGUAUAGUUUCUAAGCCUUUUCAUCUGUAUUGUCUCAUUGCUAUACUCUUCUUUGAAAAUCAUCCACUUUUCUGCCUGCAUUAUUGUAAUUCAGGAGCUUUGUACUUUUCCAGUUUGGGAAUGAAUAAAUGUGUAUCCAUUAAGCUGCAA